UUGAUUGAUCUCCACUACACUCCCUGCUGACCAAGAGAAAACAUUUGAUAUCGAAGGCGAGUGGGGAUUUAAAUGACGUGUAUAAUGUUAAUAUUUUUCAGCUAAGGUGCCCGGUGGAGUGAGCGAUCAGCCAUUAGCACCGUUACCGAUCAUUCGUCGACAGAAUACAACGUUUUCUGGCCGCUAAAACGUCGCCACUGGUGGACUUGUUUUCUCUCAGCCAGAGCUCGCUUCCUGUUAGCUUUGUGCUAGCAUGAUGCUAACGGAGGUGCUGGUAUAGUUUGCGAGCAGUGCCAAAGGGCUGCAUCACUACAGCUUGGCUUGCCGGUUGGUGUUUUUCGAACUAUAUUUACAAGGUUUGUGUCAGUAAUAGUGCUAGCUUUCUUUUUGCUAACGUACGGUAGCUUAGCCGUCUUGCUACUGUGAGGUAUUUAACUACCCAUUGAUAUAUAUGCACCAACAAUUAGCUUGUAAUUCGUCUUAAAGAAUAAUCGUUGGCUGUAUUUAAAUUUUAAAUGUAAACCAUCGUUGUCAGUGCUUCCUAUGUGCUAAUACAAUAGAGAACCUGAAACUUGACAGAUCCUGUCAACGGUUUGAAAGUGUCAAAAAAGAGGGGACCGUAGCUGGAUAAUUGGUAUUUGUCCCUGAACGCAUCAUUGGUUGCUGGCGCUGUAUUUCGUGUUAACACAUUUGAAAUGCACCAAAACACAAAUAAAUAAGAUCAUCUUCGAGCUGAAGACAGACGCAGGGGAAUUGGUCUAAAGAGGGAGGAUCCUGUCUUUUUUUUUUUUUUUUUUUUUUAGUCUUUGGGCUACUUUUCCUCGUCGUCGACCACCACCCCCACCACCACCCUCCUUUCUCCAGCCAGUCAUGGACCCCCCCAGGACAAGAUCUCGCUCUCGAUCAGGCUUCUAUCAUUUUGCAAUGAGCACCACCCCUGGAGGCAACACCGGUGGCAACGCGCUCGGUAACGGGAGCAUGGUGAACGCCACCGGUGGAGGAGCGUUGAGCUACCCGCAGCAAAGCAGCGCCGGCUGGGCAUCGCACCACGGCGGCCGAGGCUACCCGGAGAACCAGCAGCAGCAGCAGCAGCAGCAACAACAGCCCGGUAGCUACCUGUCCUCAGGGGCACAGCGACAUGGAGCUCACCGGCACCCUGGAACUGGAGGAGUGCUGCAUUUCCAUCCAGAUAAUGUUUUCAGUGAGGAUCGAGACAAAAUGGAAGACAGCCCGAGCCCAAAAAGGCAGCGUCUUUCCCAGCAGUCCUUUUUAGAGCUAAGCUCCGCCCCGCCCUCAACCCCGUCCUCUCCCAUUCGCCCCUGGGAGCUUCCUCCCAGUCGCAGACCGCACGCCCACUAUGCACCAGAGAGAUGUCACACGCCUGUACGCAACCGACGAAGCCCUCAGAUGCGACGCCCUCGUGGCCGAAGAGACCGCCUGACGCGUCACCACCACACGCACAGCCAUCACCCCCACCCCCACCCCCACCACCAUUACAACAGCAACAGCAACAACAACCAUCACCACCACCACUCCAACACUCUCCCCCACCACCACCACCAGCACCAUCACCCCCUGCACUCCCACCAUACCGGCCUACCGUCGGCGGGCCACCAGGAUGAGAACUACCGUCACCCGGCUCCCCCUCAGGGCUACCCACCCUACGGCCAGCAGCCGCCCAGAGGGCUCGGCGGGAUGGAGGAGCGCCAAGGUUACCAUCCCCCAAACCACUCCCCGCGGCCUCUUCAUCCCUCGUCAAACCUGUCACCGCGACUGCUGCACCCUGCGGCGCACCCACAGCACCCACACCCGUCGCAGCAGCAGCAGCAGCAGAGCGGCGGGGUGCUGGAACUCCAAGAGCAGGUGACUGGCUCAGCUCCGGUAUCAUAUCCCGUGUCCCCCCCGGGGGCUCCGCCUGGCCUGCCGCCUCGCUCGGCCCCACAACAGAUCCCAGCAUGCUCGGUAGUCUUCAGUGGUCAGCACUACCCUGUCUGCAGCGUCCCCCCUCCUGUCCUGCAGACCUGCUCUGUGCAGCACCUUCCUAUUCCUUACCCGUUCCCCUCUCUGCUGUCCAGCGACCCGACCUUCCUCCUCCCGCCUCCUCCCCACAUCCCCCAUCCUCCCACACACCUUUCCCACCAUCCACCUCACCUGCCGCAACCCGGCCAGUUUGGACCCUACGCGACGCAGCAGGCCCGAUCACCGUUACAGAGGAUAGAGAAUGACGUGGAGCUGCUGGGAGAACACCUGUCUUUGGGCGCGGGCAUGCACUACCCCCCUGCCACCCACCCGGCCCUCACCCCACACUCCACACCGCUCCACUUCCUCUCCCACGAGCCUCUGCCUCAGGAGUUUUUCGGAGUGUCCUACCCGAACUUCAUCCCUCGUCGUCUAGCGGGGCGACGGUACCGCUCGCAACAGCCACUACCGCCUUCGCCUUACCACCCGAGCCUCCUGCCUUACUUCCUAUCGAUGCUGCCCGUCCAGCCCACUGGUCCUG